UUGGAGGACCGAGAGGAGGAGCGGUUGCAGCAGCUAGUAGCUACAUCUUUGAGGGAGAGCUACCGAUGCUAAUGCAAUAAAACAGGGAGAAAGAGCGCCUUGUAAUGCACAGCGCUGGAGAAAUGUGGAGAUUUUUUAAAAGCGUUGUCCGGACGCGAUGAAUUAGGGUGGCUGAUUAAUAAUGUCGUUUUGUCUGUCAAUGGCCGCAAGCUGAUGCAGCGCCAGUCAGUCAUCCCUACUACUCAGCUGCUGAAGUAACGUUAGCGAGCCACCCAAAGCAGCUUCUCUUGAGAAAGGGGCAACCGAUUGUGUAGCUUGAGUACAUUGUGUACCAUACCAGAAGUCAUCGUUUACGACCAAAAAAGAUCUGGGUAUAGAUCUGCGCGAAUUGAUUUUUCCUCUCCGUUGAAGCGGCUAUGUCGCAAAUGCACGGGGGCUAUCCUGCAAAGGCGCCGCCGACAUCACCGGAGGCCUGGGCAUAACAUCGGGACAUUCGCCGCAAGACUGGAUUGAUUCCAGAACAAUGUUAAGGAAACUGAAUAGUGUCUCCCCCAAACCAACUUGUAAUUCUUCGCUUGCCAUUCCAUCGUUGCACAAUAACCGCCGAGAUGUGAAAAUGGCCUGGAUUUAGCCGUUUCGUACAUUGGUUUUCUCUUGAUUUAAGGAUACGGUUGUUCCCGGAGAAUCUGCUUAAUUUAGCUUGCAAAAUUACAGAAAUCGAAACGGCUUGGUCGAUAGCAAAUUGGAAUAACUGAUAUAAUAUCGGUCUAGCUAGUCGCUCUACGGAUUUGAUCCAGACUAGUUAAAUUAGAUGGCAGACUUAGGCAUACUAGCCAACUAGCUUGCUAACGGACAACAACAUCACGACAGGUAACUUAUGGACCAGAAUGCCAAUAAAAUCCACAUGAAUAUUAUCAUGUCAGUCAGUUAGUUAAUGGGGGAAUAUCGCUCCGUCUUCAAUCAAAGGACGCCGCUUUAUGCCUGAACAGAAUACCGGUAGAAAUGAGAUCAUAGCGCCGCAGAUGAACGAAAACAGACUGUGAUACUUAUUCACCCGACUGACUGGAUCAUAAUGACCACCCCGGCCCUUCUGCCGCUGUCGGGCCGCCGGAUACCCACUCUGGCCCCCGGAGCCUCGUCAUUCCCCCACCACAGAGCCACGUUGCGGCUCUCGGAGAAGUUCAUCCUCCUCCUCAUCCUGAGUGCCUUCAUCACCCUCUGCUUUGGAGCCUUCUUCUUCCUCCCGGACAACUCCAAACACAAGCGCUUCGACCUGGGCUUGGAGGACGUGCUCAUCCCGCACAUCGAUGCCAACAAGGAGGGGAAGGUCCAGAUAAUCCACGGGCCCGGGUGGCACGACGAACACCGUCACAGGGAGGAGGAGGAGAGUUUGCGGAGUAAGAUCCGUGCGGACCACGAGCGUGUCCUGGAGGAGGCCAAGGAGAAGCUGCGCAAAAGCCAGGAGGAGCUGCGGGCUCAGAUCCAGACGGAGAAGAGCAAGCUGGCCCAGGACAUGAAGAAGAAGGAGCUGGAGAGGCCCCUCCCCCCCGUGCCCAUGCCCAAAGUGGUGGGGGUGAACGAGGGAGACCCGGGGGACCCCAGCGUCCGGGAGAAGAGGGACAAGAUCAGGGAGAUGAUGAAGCACGCGUGGGGCAGUUACAGAGAGUAUGGCUGGGGCCACAACGAACUCAAACCCCUCGCCAAGAAAGGACAUUCCACCAACAUCUUCGGGAACUCUCAGAUGGGUGCCACCAUCGUAGACGCCCUGGACACGCUCUACAUCAUGGGCCUGCAGGAGGAGUUUAAGGACGGGGAGGAGUGGAUCCAGCAGAACCUGGACUUCAGCGUGAAUGCCGAGGUGUCCGUCUUCGAGGUCAACAUCCGCUUCAUCGGAGGCCUGCUGGCAGCUUACUACCUGUCCGGACAAGAGAUGUUUAAGGUAAAGGCAGUGCAGUUGGCAGAGAAGCUCCUCCCAGCGUUUAACACGCCCACUGGAAUCCCCUGGGCCAUGGUCAACCUGAAGAGUGGCGUGGGGCGGAACUGGGGCUGGGCUUCGGCUGGGAGCAGUAUCCUGGCGGAGUUUGGGACUCUGCACAUGGAGUUUGUGCACCUGACCUACCUGACCGGAAACCCCGCCUACUACCAGAAGGUGAUGCACAUCCGGAAGCUUCUGGCCAAGAUGGACCGGCCCAACGGGCUUUACCCCAACUACCUGAACCCCCGCACCGGCCGCUGGGGCCAACGUGAGUCUGUCUCACCCUCACACACACACACACACACACACACACACACACACUCUGAGACUGCUGCCGAGCUCCCCACAGACGCGGAGGACAGGAAAUGA